AAAUCCAUCCCAGAUGCUCGUGCUAAUGAGAUCAAGAAACUUCGGGGUGUUGCUGGCGACAUUUUUGACCUCCUUUCAAAAUACUUCACCAACACUAGCUAUGAUAGAGCUAAUGUCCCUGAGAUCCAACAACUCCUUGGGGUCACGUCUUCGACAAACCUGGCGUACAAAACAUUCCCUCCGGUGCUAUUCCCAGAGUUGAAAGAGGACAGAUCACUCAAGACUGAACACCCUCAGAUUCUGAAAGCUUCAUUGCGUGGUAUCACAUUCCUCCAUCAAGCUUCCAGUGGUGGUGGUGCACAUACCAACUCCAUGAAAUGGAGCGUUCAGCAAGUCAUGCCGGGUUCCAUCGCUUGGGCUGCAGCAAUAUUCUUACUGUCUCCUGACACUGAAUUUUCGAGCACGGGUGUUGGCAAGAGGUCAACAAUUAGCUACAAUUUGGAUGAUUUAUUUUUCACCUACAAGAAAGUUCUAGUGACCAAGUGGAAGACGAAGCGCAUUGUACAGAUUGUAACUAAUAUCAACCACUACAUCUUCAAAGCUGCACGACCUUCGGCCUUGGAUUCUGCCAUACAUGAAGAUUUCACAGAUGCGAUUGAUCACACACUCGCAGUGCUUGACAUGAAAAGUUCAGAUGAU